AUGAGAAAAAGUCGAGUCACAGACCAUCUCAUCACCACGAUGACUGAGAUGAUGAACAACACCACGGCGGAGGCAGAGUACACCAGGUGUAAAACAUCGGUUUGGUGGGACAUAGAGAACUGUGCUGUUCCCAAAGGUUGUGAUGCUCAUGGGAUCACUCAGAAGUUAAGCACAGCGCUGGCUAAUAUGAAUUAUCUUGGUUCUCUUUCUAUCUCUUCCUAUGGCAACACAGAUCUCAUCCCUAAAGCUGUUCAACAUGCUCUCUCCUCCACUGGAAUCUCUCUUAACCAUGUCCCUCCCGGAAGGAAAGACGCGAGUGACAAGAAGAUUCUAGUGGAUAUGUUUUUGUGGGUAGUGGAGAAUCCUCCUCCGGCCAAUAUAAUGCUUAUCACCGGUGACAUAGACUUCUCCCAUGCCCUUCACCGGCUGAGAAUGAGGAGAUACAACAUUCUUCUAGCACACCCUCAAAAUAUUUCACCUUCCUUGGUUGCUUCUGCUAAGACCUCAUGGCUCUGGAGAAGCUUAUUAUUACCAAGUGGAACUUCCCUCACACAGUGUGAAUCCUCACGGGUACUUGAGAGUUCUGAAAUAUCUAGUGAAGAGGUUUUUUCUACACAACCAAUGGAUUCAGGGUCUGGUUCUAGUAGGGCUGCGAGAAGUAGAUUCAAAGGAAUCUAUGUCUCAAAAGCAUCAAAUUAG